AAUGGAGGGAAAGCCACCACCCUCUGGUGACAGGUCUUCAGAGCCCCCGGCGCUGCACCCAGGAGUGCCAAGGGUCGGUGCAGUAGGCAAGUUAGGCACCCUGAGGUGUAUGGCAUGGCACCUCAGCAGCCUCAGAGGAUUUUGCAGGAAGGUGGGUGACAUUAGCUGUGUCCCAGCUGGUGCUGCCCUGGUAGGAAACACUGCCUUCCCCUGCUUGCCCAGGGGCACAGGCUGGCUUGUGCAAAAGGUCCCGGUGUCCCAGUUUGGUCCCAGUCCCAGGCUGCACAAUGAAAUAAACUCACCCAAAUUCACUCUUCCAAAGUUUGCAGUUAUUGAGGGGCAGCUAAAAUUAUCCCUCAAAAUGCCCUAAAACCUUGGGUUCUGGUGAAGCCUUGUUCCUCCCUACAAGCACAACACACCAGCGCCUUCCACGUUCCUCCCAGUCAAAACCUGGCCAAGGUGCACCCAGUCUUACAUCCAGGAGCAAUUAGGCGAGCAACACAGCAAUUAUCACCCUACCCACUCUUCGUGGUCCUAGUCCAUGUGACCCUAUAGCAAUCCCUAUGACCCUAUGGAGGAGGGAGAAAUUAGCAUCUGGCAUAGGGUCCUUAGCAAUACGCUUCCCACUCUGGACUGUUCUCAGCCCAGCCACGGCUGCGUGAGGAUGCUCUCCAGCCAUUGCAAGGCAGCUUUUGAAGGGCAGAUCUUUCCCAGAGCUGUGCGCUCAGCCUGUGCAAGCACCUUUUCCAGAGGGCUCGGUCUCCCCCCCGGGUCCUGAGAGCUGGGGUUUGGUAUAGUUUGUGCCCUGAGGGGUUAAACGCUGAGAGAUCUGGUCUGGAAAAUGAAAGGACUGUCUUUGGAAAUUCCAGCUUGGUGGGUUGGGCUGCAGUGGCCUGGCGGGAUGGUGGGUUGGAGAAGGAGGGAGGAAGGGUCUCCCUCAGCGCAAGGCAGUUGGCAUCUCUGCCAGGAGCUGCUGGAGCAAAGGAGGCGGUUGCAAUGAGACACAGCUGCUCCGGCGUGAGAACUGGGAGCUGGUUGGGAGCCGGGGCCCUCCCCUUGCUCAGGUGAGAGGAAGGAAGCGGUAGGGAGAGGAGGAGCUGAGGUGAGCGAGCUUUCUUGCCGGCAGAGAGCAGCUCCUGGGAUUUCUGGGCUGGUUGCCCCAAAGUUGAGGCGGUGCUGAGGUUCAGCAGCUGCCCAGUCUCAAACAAUGAACUACGUGGGGCAGCUUGCCGAGACCGUCUUUGUCACAGUGAAGGAGCUGUACCGGGGUCUGAAUCCUGCCACCCUGACGGGCUGCAUCGAUGUGGUCGUGGUGAGGCAGCCUGAUAACUCCUUCCAGUGCUCCCCUUUUCACGUGCGUUUUGGGAAGCUGGGUGUGCUGCGCUCCAAGGAGAAGGUGGUUGACAUUGAAAUCAAUGGGGAGCCUGUGGACCUGCAUAUGAAGCUGGGCGACAAUGGAGAGGCCUUCUUUGUCCAGGAGUCAGAGGAGAAUGAGGGCAGCAUCCCCUCCUGCCUCUGCACAUCCCCCAUCCCCACGGAGCAGAGCCCGGAGGAUGCCGCUCAGCCCUCUCGUGGGCAGGAGGCCUCCAGUGCUGAAGCGACCCUGCGCAAGAGGAGGCGACGCAGGAGGAAGCCCAAGCGGAAGGAGGUGGUGGACUCCGAGUUAGAAGGCUGCGAGGAGACCAAAAGCGAGAUGUCCAUGGAGGAGCCGUGCAAACUGCCAGCCCCAAGUGAUACAGUGUAUUUCUCCUUUGCUGAUCUCCCUGAAGAAGAAACCAGGUCAUUGCAGUCCCCAGAGAUGCACCCUUACUCUGACGGGGAGCUGGCCUCUGUGGACAGCCCCACCCUGAGCCAUCCAUCUUCUCCCAAAAGUGACUCUGAGCUGGAGAUCAGGCCGCAGGAGAGUUUUGCUCUAGGGGCUGAAUCCCACAUGCAGUGGACCUGGGGAAGGCUCCCUCAGGUGAAUAAAUCUGAACGAGUUGAACCAGCCAAGUCCACAAAGACAAUUGCUACAGCAGCAACCACUGUCUCUGCGACACCGGUCCCAGUGGAUGAGGCAACCCAUCUUGUUGCCAGCUCUGAAGGUUUGGGAGGAGGUUCAAGCCCAGCAGGACCUGAAGGCACACCUUGUUCCUCUGCUGUGUCCGUUGUUGAGCCACUACCCGCACCCCGGGAUGGGAAUGGCCCCCCCAGACUGAAGGACAUCCCCAGUGCUGUGGGGGAAGAGAGCUUGUUGGAGGCCUCCUCAGCCCAACAAGAGAAACAGGAGGGAGGCAGGAGUGUUGUGCCAGACGUUCAGCCAGAUGUGGAGCCCUUCAAGGGAGCUGCAGGGGGCUUGGAGGCCCCUGAGCCCCAGCUGGAAAGUCAGAGAAGACAAGGAUCCAUCAAAAGAAGUCCUCACUUGGGUCCCAGUGAUGUUUACCUGGAAGACCUCUCCCAGCUGGAUGAGGAGCAGGUGGCGCUCUAUUUCCCCAGGAGUGACGCAGAGCAGAGUUCAAGGCCUGUGGCAGACCCCAGCAACCCCCUGUGUGUCCAGCUGCCAUCCGACUUGCCUGCCAACAGCCCCACGGACUCUGACUCUGAUUUGAUGCCUGCGAUUGCCCUGUCGCUGUGCGGAGGCGUGGGGGGGAGCAGGCAGAUCUCCCGUGAGAAGUUCAUGAAGCACAUGGUCUCCUACCAGCAGUUUGCUGAGAAUCCAGGACUCAUCGAUGACCCAAACCUGGUGAUACUGAUCAACAAGAAGUAUUACAACUGGGCAGUGGCUGCUCCCAUAGUCCUGUCCCUGCAGGCUUUCCAGAGAAACAUUCCUGAGAGCACCAUUGACCAACUGGUGAAGGAGAAGAUGCCCAAGAAAGGCAGCAGGUGGUGGUUCUCCUGGAGGAGGAGAGAAUUCCCAGCAGAGGAGCAGCAGUCGAGGCCAGGGAAAGCCAACAUGGUGAUGCUACAGCCUGACUCUGCUCAGCAGAGGCAGGAGGAAGAGGGGUCAUCCAGUGACAAUGAGCCCCUGCACCCCAGGGACGUGUUAGCAAUGGAUGCCCCUGCACAGAAAUCUCUGCCAACCUACAAGAAGUCCCUGCGGCUCUCCUCUGAACAAAUUGGGAGGCUGAAACUGCAGGAUGGCCCCAACGAGGUGGCGUUCAGUGUGACGACUCAGUACCAGGGCACGUGCCGCUGCGAGGCCACCAUCUACCUGUGGAACUGGGAUGACAAGGUGGUGAUCUCGGACAUCGAUGGCACCAUCACCAAGUCGGAUGCUCUUGGGCACAUCUUGCCGCAUCUGGGAAAAGACUGGACUCAGCAUGGGAUUGCUAAGCUCUUCCACAAAAUCCACCUGAAUGGCUACAAGUUCCUCUACUGCUCAGCCAGAGCGAUCGGCAUGGCACACAUCACCAAAGGCUACCUCAAAUGGGUCAACGAGCAAGGCUGUGCCCUCCCCAAGGGCCCCAUCCUGCUUGCCCCCAGCAGCCUCUUCUCCGCCUUCCACAGGGAGGUGAUUGAGAAGAAGCCAGAGAUGUUCAAGAUCGCCUGCUUGAUGGACAUCCAAAACCUGUUUGCCACAAAUCUGCCCUUCUACGCAGCCUUUGGGAACAGAGCGAAUGAUGUGUACGCUUACAAGCAAGUGGGCCUGCCAGAGAGCCGCAUAUUCACGGUCAACCCCAAGGGAGAGCUGAUCCAGGAGCUCACGAAGAACCACAAGUCAACGUAUGAGCGGCUGUCAGAGCUGGUGGAGCUGAUCUUCCCUCCCCUGGGACAGAGUGGGAGCAUCGCUCUGGUGUGUCCAGAGUACAGCCACUUUGCCUACUGGAGACCUCCACUGCCUGCUGUUGACUUGGAGGACUUCUCCUGACCCCGUUACCUGUGGAGACCUGACCCAGGGCUCUCCUGUGUGUCCUCUGCCAGGACUGGAUGCUCCAGAUGCAUUUCCUCCUCCCUGUUUGCUGCUCAGGCAUUUUGCACUUCUAAUACGGGUCAUGUUCUGCACUAGAAACACCCCUUCUCUGGGGGCCAAAGAGGGGUAAGAGGGAGCUCUGACUCUACAAAAACUCCAUUUACUAAAUGGAAAUUCCUAUAAGCUCGGUCUUCUCUUAAUGUUCUUCACACUUUUAAAGCCUGGCUCUUUUUUUAAAGGUGGUGAUGGGUUACUGUCUAAUUUAUUGAUGAGCCUCUGGCAUAGCUAUUUCUAUCUCCAGUAUGACCACUGUUCCCAGACAGUCCAGCUACCUGCAGUUUGGUAGCUGAUGGAUUGGAGCUGUCCCAUGUUUUAACAAAUUGUUAAGGUGGAUGCAAGCUGCUGGGGUUUUGAGUUUUCUUCACUAAUAGUCACUAACAGCAACAAUUAAUAAAUAGUGCCUUAAUGCAGGCUGCCUCUUGUCUGCUGUAGCCCUGUGCAUGGAAGUGGGAGCCAGGCUCCAUGUCAUUUUACAAAUGUGGUUGAGUUUAUCCUAUCCUGCUGAAGUGCACUGCCAAGGGGAUCUGGUCUUGGUGGAGAUGGGAGCAGGACCUACAGCUUCCUUGGACUGUGGAGCAGCUGCACUAGAAGAGGACUCUUUUUAUUUUUUUGCCUGCUACCUUCAGGUAAUGUUGCAAAAUUGAUUUAAUACAGGAAGCAAACCCUGGGUUUAUGUGUGUGUGCAUGGCGUGAAUCUCUCCUGUGCCAGUAGGCUGCCACGAUCUUGUGCUAGAGCAGGAGCUUAUUCCUGUGCCCCUGUAUUGGAGCAUUCGAGGAAUGCUCAGCUAUCCUAAAGCAGGGUUGGGCUGGGACUCAACCAGCCUGUCUCCAUGCUGGGUGGGGGACUUCUCUGAAAUCUGGUUGCCAGCCCUGCUGGGUGUUCAGCCAGCCUGCUGACCCUGCUCUGGGAGCUCUCAGCUGUAACUACAUAAAACAAAACAGGCAGGAGCACUGCUGGGCUCCUUCCUCCGAUCUGGCAUCCACCUUCUUCCCUGACCGUGGGUGAGAGUGUAAAUCAUCUCCUAGUCUGCCUGCCUCUGUGCUUUAACUCUAGCUCUGCUUUUCUGAAAGCCACACAAGUCAUUUUGAUCCUGGAAACCUCAGCAAGAAAUACUUUAUUUUUUUUCCUUUCCAGUACAAACACUUUUUCAGCUUUUAAAAUCUGAACGAAUGUACAAGGUUUUAAAAACAAUAAAACACAGCCUUUUAACAGGAUCAGUUAUCAACUGCCUCAGAAAGCUGCCCAUGCAAGGACAACUGCAUCGGUACCAUCUUCCUUCUCUGCAAGCAAAAAAAAAAAAAAAAA